GGAGCAGACUUGCCUAGCGCCUCAGCCUACCCACAGGGAUUCCCUCUCCAGCCAAUCGCGUCUGAGCAACGGUACUGCCCCUAACAAAGAUGGCGGGAGAGGCCUCCGUGGGGGCAGGCUGAUUUAACACCCAGACCCAGGGCGGCUAGGGAAGACAGCGGUAGCGGAGCGGCCCGGCCAUGGAGGAGGGCGGCAGCGGCGGCAGCGGUGGCAGCGACAGCAGCACCAGCGGGAGUGGUGGGGCGCAGCAAAGGGAGCUAGAGCGCAUGGCUGAGGUCCUGGUCACCGGUGAGCAGCUACGUCUCAGGCUGCAUGAAGAAAAGGUGAUUAAAGAUAGACGACAUCAUCUCAAAACCUACCCAAACUGCUUUGUCGCAAAAGAACUGAUCGACUGGCUGAUUGAGCACAAAGAGGCUUCCGACAGAGAGACCGCAAUCAAGCUCAUGCAGAAGUUAGCUGACCGGGGCAUCAUUCAUCAUGUGUGUGACGAGCACAAGGAAUUCAAGGACGUCAAACUCUUCUACCGCUUUAGAAAGGAUGACGGCACCUUCCCUCUGGACAACGAAGUGAAGGCCUUCAUGAGGGGACAGAGGCUGUAUGAGAAGCUGAUGAGCCCUGAAAACACGCUGCUGCAACCCAGGGAAGAGGAAGGGGUCAAGUAUGAGCGCACCUUCAUGGCGUCGGAGUUCCUGGACUGGCUGGUCCAGGAAGGCGAGGCCACCACAAGGAAGGAGGCCGAGCAGCUCUGCCACCGGCUCAUGGAGCACGGCAUCAUACAACAUGUGUCCAACAAGCACCCAUUCGUGGACAGCAACCUUCUCUACCAGUUCAGAAUGAACUUCCGGCGGAGGCGCAGACUGAUGGAGCUGCUCAAUGAAAAAUCGCCCUCGUCUCAGGAAACUCAUGAUAGCCCCUUCUGCCUGAGGAAGCAGAGCCAUGACAAUCGGAAAUCUACCAGUUUUAUGUCCGUCAGCCCCAGCAAGGAGAUCAAGAUCGUGUCUGCCGUGCGGAGGAGUAGCAUGAGCAGCUGUGGGAGCAGCGGCUACUUCAGCAGCAGCCCCACCCUGAGCAGCAGCCCCCCGGUGCUCUGCAACCCCAAGUCCGUGUUGAAGAGACCCGUAACUUCGGAGGAACUCCUGACUCCUGGGGCUCCGUACGCAAGGAAGACAUUCACGAUUGUCGGUGAUGCCGUGGGUUGGGGCUUUGUGGUACGAGGAAGUAAGCCAUGCCACAUCCAGGCCGUGGACCCCAGUGGCCCAGCAGCAGCAGCGGGAAUGAAGGUCUGUCAGUUUGUCGUCUCUGUAAAUGGGCUCAAUGUGCUGCAUGUUGACUACCGGACGGUGAGCAAUCUGAUUCUGACGGGCCCUCGGACGAUCGUCAUGGAAGUCAUGGAGGAGUUAGAGUGCUGAACAGGUGGACAUCCCGGCCCUUCAGUGGCCUGAGGAUGAUCGAAGCCAGGACAACACAAAGCAAUGCAAUGACAAGACUUCCACGCACACAGAUGGUUUUGGAUGCACAAAAUUUCUCCAUACAUACACAUCUUUG